GACGGAGUGAGUGAGACGGGGAUGGGCGGAGUGAGACGGAGUCAGAGAGAAGGAGACGGUCUCUCACUCACUCACUCACGGAGACAGAGACCGCGAGAUAGAGAGCAAAGGAGAGAGAGACAGAGCGAGAGAAACAAGGCUGAAUCAACUCCACUCGAGAUAGAGAGACUGGGUUUCUGCAUCGGUAUGCCUGCUCCUGCUCUCUCAUUUCCACCAUAUGCUGCUGCUGCCUCUCUGAGGAGACCUGGACUCUGUUUAAAAUGCCAAUCACCUGCUUGAGGCUACUCCUUCAUCCUCAAUCAUUUACAUUUAACAUUUAUACUCUCUGUUCCCGGCGUGAGAGAGACCGGGAGAGCCUGAGUGAGAAGAGUGGAUGUGAAUUUCCUUGCUUUUCUCGUUUAUGCUGAAGUUCCUGAGGACAUUAGCAGAGCGGGUGGUUUCGACUCUUUGGACACUAUUCGUCUGAGCUGUCCGUGUUUGGAGGAAAAGACUGAAGGAGAGGACACAACAUUCUCCUGAGAUAUUGGGGAACAUGUGACUGCGUUUCUAUGAGACAAACCGGUAUUAUAGUAAGCAAAGAUGAUGAAACUUGUUUGACCUUUUUAUAUAUAUUUUCCCCCUGCUCUUCAUGCAGCAGGCACACAGCGCUGCAUGUGUUGGCUGUCUUUUCUGAGGAGAGAACGAGAAGUAGGAUGAGAGCCUGCCAGAGUAUUUGUCCUCUGCUAUCUGUGUCCUUCUCUGUGUGACUCCUCUGUGUCUGUGCAGUGAGGGGUGCCCUGGGAGACUCCCUAGUCCCUGAUCGUGGGCAAGGGUUAGUCCUCACAUUGCUGCUGACAUGGCAGAGGGAACACAGCUCCUCUCUUUGGGGCACCAACCUGGUCUGCUGCUGAGCUAGGACUUGGACCAGCCAUUGACCAUCCCCAGCCAAGUUCCAGUCCUCUGUCUCUGGAUCUGGUUUCAGACCAGGGGCUUUCAGAAGGCUCACUGGCUGCAAGAUGAACUCUUCCUUGGACCUGCUGGACCUUGAGCUCCUGAACCAGAGCGGCUCUCCGUUCUGCCUCCUAGACAUGGGCUACUCCCAGAUCUUCAACACCUGUCUUUUAGAGGUGGCCAUCAUCUUGCUCCUCACAGUUCUCAUCAUCUCUGGCAACCUGGUGGUGAUAUUUGUCUUCCACUGUGCUCCACUGCUCCACCACCACACCACCAGCGCCUUCAUCCAGACCAUGGCCUACGCAGACUUGUUAGUUGGGGUCAGCUGCCUCAUCCCUUCCCUCUCCCUCCUCCACCACCUGAAAGGCCUGGAUGAAGAGCUCACCUGUAAGGUGUUUGGUUACAUGGUUUCCGUGUUGAAGAGCGUUUCCAUGGCGUCACUGGCGUGCGUUAGCGUGGACCGCUACAUGGCGAUAACGCGUCCGCUGUCGUAUGCUACACUGGUGACACCGUGCCGGAUCCGCGUGUGCAUCCUCCUCAUCUGGCUCUACUCCGCCCUCGUCUUCCUGCCCUCCUUCUUCGGCUGGGGGAAGCCUGGCUACCACGGCGACGUGGUGGAGUGGUGUGCCAUGGAGUGGGGGACAAAGCCGCUCUUCACGUCGUUCAUCGUGGCGCUGCUCUACGUGCCGGCCGCCAUGACGGUCUGCUUCACCUACGCCAACAUCUUCCGUAUCUGCCGGCAACACACGAAGGAGAUCAGCGAGCGCCGCGCCCGCUUCAGCCCACAGGAGAGCUCUCUGGGACAGGACGGCCAGCCGCAGCACGCGCCGGCGUGCACGGACAAACGCUACGCCAUGGUGCUAUUUCGCAUCACCAGCGUUUUCUAUCUCCUCUGGCUUCCCUACAUCCUGUACUUCCUGUUGGAGAGCGCUGGAAUCUACCGUCACCCAGUCGCCUCAUUCCUCACCACCUGGCUGGCUAUCAGCAACAGCUUCUGUAACUGUCUGAUCUAUAGUCUAACCAACAGUGCCUUCCGGAAGGGUUUAAAACGUCUAUGUUCAUUCUGCGUGCAGCGUGUGGACAGUAAGAAUCCUUUUGGCCCUGGGCCGGGGCACGGACAGGGGCCAGUCUGCACACGCUCCACAUGCCAUGUGUAGGACCUCCCAGAGACCCGUGUGACGGUUGAGUCAGUGUGUUGUGUUGCUAAAGCACUAAGUGUGUCCCAUGUUGAUGCUGAGCUAAGGGGAACAGGCUUCACAGGAAGUGUGUUGCUAUGGUUGUUUCCAGACAGUUGGAUGUUUGUUGGAUGGUUGCGUUCCUGGCCACAGCUGGCUCUGACAGGAUCGGCUCCAGGACCUGAGCGCUUUGAGCCCCGCAUGGGAAGUACAGCCCAGCCUCUGCCAUGAGAGAGGUAGAACAUGGAGGGGGAGUGAGAGUCAGAAUAAGGAUGUGGAAUUACAGUACCCUAACCUUUGACUCCAGUUACGGAUGACAGAGCUAUGGCUACGUUGUUUCAGCGUUUUGACGUUGAUGGAGUGUUAAUUGAUUGAACACCUCCCUUCUGACAGUACUUGCCAAAAACACAAACUGUAAGAACACAAGUUCUUAUGGGAAAAAUAUGUUUGAGACUGUGUAUCUUCCUAGCAGUUUGUGAAACAAUGUGUAUUUGUGCGAUGACUACAGUGUAUUAAAUGCAACAAAGUACUCACAUAAUUUAAAAAACUGAAAAACACUUUAAUACUGAGCUAAGAGGAGCUUUCAAUAACUUAUUUAAAUGUUUUCCCUUGUGGUUUUUAUUUAAACACGGAAACAGAAUAUUUACAAUAUUGUGCUCUGAAGGGUGCAGCAAGCUCAGACUGAAGAGAAGCAAGUACUUCAUAAUUAAUUUAUAUCUGGGCUGUUCUGAAGCAGAGGUACGGGCAAAGAAAGAGAGGACCAUUUUGUUUAGAGGUUUAAACACCAGGACUUUUGUUUCAACAAGCUUCCUUAUCAUCAGAGCCUGUCUGACUCUAACCAAAGUACAUUGCAGACAGUACGUUCCAGUUCACUUAUGAGGAGAAUGUGGUCGCUGUGUCAAAGCAGAAGAUUGAUUUGAAAGUUGAUUGUUUAAGUUUCAGAGUAGUUUAUCAUCUCCAAAGCGUUGCCCCUUUGUCUGUUGCAUCCGGUGUUAACAAGCCAAUACAGUUGGCCUGAUUAGUGACCUUUACUGUCUUAAUUAUCUAAGAUUUUUCUGAUGACUGAGUGAACAUCCACCUCUGAUUUUUAUUUCCGAUGUCAAAUUUUCAAUUCCAAUUAUCUGAUUACGCAACGUGGUCUCAGGGCAAUUCGUAUUAUUCUGUACAUAAAUCUGUGACACUUCUUUUAGUAUGAUAUAUUACGUUACAUUAUGAAUGCAAUUGCGGUUUUACAAUAUCAUAUGAUUAUAGGAUAUGGUCUAUAGUAUUAUUCGUCGUACAAUAGCAGACGAAUAUAUCUUCGGGGACGUACAGUAUUACACGUCUUUCUCUGAGGCCAGGUUGCUUGUUGCGCCAUAACAACAAAGGAGAAUGAUGAGAAUCAUUUACUUUGGUGGUUAGGCGACAACAAUUGCGUCAAGUUGGAAGUAAAAAAAAAUUAAUACCAGCCUAAAAUACGAUAGCAAACCCUUUAAUGUGUCCACGAUGAAUUUUUUGUUAUUAUUUGUGAAUUUAUCUUUGAUCGUAUCUGCUUGUUUCUGUGCAUCGACGUCUGCAAUGCUCUCCCUGUCGUGGAAAAUAGACUCAAGCGAUCCCCGCUUCGCGGACGUGCUGCUUUUUCAUGUUGUAUAGCAUGUCUCAUAGAUCAUCGUGAGUUGUUAAAUUGCGACUCGCGUUAACGGUGACGUGACGCCGUUAUAGUUUGGCCAUGGGUUAAUAACAGUGAAUGUUGAGAAAGCUGUGAGCUGCUGUUAGCUGAGGAACAUCUGUCCCUGGCCAAGUGUCGUAAAGUAUUGUCUGUAUAGUAAUGCAGCCCUACAGGUACUUGUGUUACAGGUUACAUCCCAAUUGGCUCCCUAUUCACUAUAUAGUGCACUACUUUUGACCAGGACCAAUAGGGCUCUGGUCAAAAGUAGUGUACUAGAGCACUACUUUUGACCAGGACCAAUAGGGUUCUGGUCAAAAGUAGUGUACUAGAUAGGGAAUAGGGUGCCAUUCGGGAUGUAACCUGUAACACAAGAACCUGUAGGGCUGCAUUACUAUACAGUACAAUGAAACAGAUAGAAAUGAAGAUCUCAAUGUUCAACUGUUUUUGGUCCAAUGUUACUAGAUAUUUAUUAGACCUUUCACAGGCUUUGGCCUCUUGAAACUUUUCUCUCUCUUUUUAUGGUAGCCUACUCCUCCAUUUGGGAGCAAAUAUACAAUAUAAUUAGUAGCUUUAUUUUCUUAGUUGACCAAAGUUGAAUGUGUGUUUUAGAUGUUAUAUAUUUCAAAAAGAACGAGACGGAAUGAGAGAUGUAGAGAGAAAUAACGUGUCAUUUAGGGUGAUCUUUUUUAAAUGGAAGUUUUCAUGUUAGGAAUUUUGCAGUGAUGACGGUAUGGACAGACAUUGAGUUGGACUACUGUAUUGUUAGGCUGCCUCUGCAAUGAAUACAGUGCUGUUCAUCUUUAUGUAGGCUAAAGGUCCAUGUUACAUUUCAAAUUUGUACAUAGUCUUAUGCAUGUUUUGCCUACUGUAUAUAUUUGAUUAGGUGAUUUGAAUAAGAAAGCUCACAAUUCAAAUAUUGUCAAACGACAAACACUUUUGGAGACUGUCUUCGCUCAGUCAAAGGGCACAGUGCAAUACGUUCAUUGUUCCUCCAUUUUGUCUGUUUUAUUGAAGAAUGACAACACGUAGGCCUAUCACACACACACACAAUCAAUGCAUUUUUUUUUUAAAUCAUUUUUUUUCUCAACAUUUUACCACCGGUUAGUGAAACAAUAGAUCUGUUUCUCUCUAUUGACCAUGUGAUGUUCCUGGACUGUUAGUGAUAUUCUGGUAAUAAUAGUGUUUCUGCCAGAGUCAUCACACGUUGUUCACCACUUUAUUACUUUCACAUGACUUUCUCCGUGACUCUUCUGCCCUUUGGGGAUGGAUGUGUGUGUGUGUGGGUGCUUUGUAUGCUACUAUGUUUGAUGUGCGAAUGCAUAGGUUUUUUUGUAAAUGUUUGGGUCUUUUUUUGUGUGUGUUGGAUACUGACAGGCAGCUCAGUUCUCUCAAAACAAAUAUUUGCCCACGGAAGUAUGCCAAAUAUUGAUUGGGUUUCCUACUAUUGUACUUUCAAACAGGCUCUUAUUUCUUCAGAUACUGACCACUUAGUAUUCCGAUGAGGUGGAUUUCUACUUCUUAAACAAUUCCUUAACAUUUAUAUACCAUUUUCCAUGCUUUCAGGUUAAUAGAUUUACUAAUAUUGUUGUGUAUUUUAAAGAGAAUUCAGGUGUUCUUCUUUUGAGGAAGAUAUGAGUUCAACAUUUGACAGUAUCUCCAUCUAGGUGUCAGUUAGUUCAAUCCAUUCAAUCCAGCAGUCAGUUGACGGUACUUUAGAAAGGGGCAUAACUGGGGGAAAGGUUUCUUGCUUUGCUAUUUUGCUGAUGUACAUUUUUGGGACAUUUCAAUGCCAAAGAACCACGGCAAGUCCUUUUCUUUUUCCUGUGGGAAAACAUCAAAGUGCUAGGGCUAGUGAUCCCGGGGACCCAAACUCCCACGAUGACCUGCUCUCGACAGUGCCAUAUUAGGACGUUGUGAGACCUGAUAUGAUGCUGGAAACGUCCAUGCCAAAUCUGUGACAGUUUUGUGGCCCAAGCUUUACUAGAGGACAACACACCCACGCACACAGGGUGCACACACACACACACACACACACACUGUUUUCCCUUCUGUUAUCCAACAUGUCCUUAUUGAAUUUUCUCAUAUGUAUUUUCUUAAUGCUCUAAAUUGUCAGGCCAGGCUCUCUUAAUGGCUAGCUCAUGACCCGACUGUUUUAAGUGGCUCAGCUCUUUAUCAGAUUAAGAGGAGAAUGGACACAUUAACAAGAAGGCCGUUUGGCUGGAAAUGUCCCAAAACAUGGUUGAAAAUUUGACUUUUUUCAAAUGUAAUGUUUAACAUUGGUUGAAUUCUAUUCAAUGUUUAGAUUAUUCAUCGCAAAUGCUGGGUAAACUGAAUGUUGUUGAGGCUUAAACAUAAUCAUGUUCUCCGUGUUAUUUAAGGCUAGUUAACUAACUCAGUGCCGUGAGCCUUGUAAUGAUGUCAUGUUGUAGAGUUGUCUGGAGAUAUUUCUAUUCUGGUGUAUUAUUCUGCACUGAGCAAAUAAAUGUGAUCUUAUCUAAAGGAA